GUCACCUAUGAGGCGGAUCACAUACCACCAGGGCACAAUCCGGGAUCAAUAACGGGGGGCGGGGGGACCCCUCACCUGUCAUAUUCCAAGCUCACCUGUCAUCUUUUACACCCAACGUGGAACUUUAACGCUGCCUCCUUUGAAAUCCGGAUUCAUCAUAAAUGGUGGAUGCGAUUGUGGAGUUUGACUACAAGGCUCAGCAUGAUGAUGAGCUGACUGUAGUUGCUGGUGAAAUUAUCACCAAAAUCAAAAAAGAAGAUGGCGGAUGGUGGGAAGGAGAGCUGAAAGGAAGGAGAGGCCUUUUCCCUGACAACUUUGUACGAGAACUAAAGAAAGACAUUAAAAAAGACCUUAGCAGUAAACCACCAGACAGGCCUAACCAGAUCAUAUCUAAUGGCAAUGCCUUGCUGUCAAGUGAAGCAGUAGUCCGCGGAUCUGGAAGAGGUGAACGAACAAGGAGGAGGAGGUGUCAAGUCGCCUUUAGCUAUCUUCCGCAAAAUGAAGAUGAACUUGAGCUUAAAGUUGGAGAGAUCAUUGAAGUUCUUGGAGAGGUGGAGGAAGGCUGGUGGGAGGGAAUUCUCAAUGGAAAGGCCGGAAUGUUCCCUUCCAAUUUUAUUAAGGAUAUUGGGGCCGAAACAGAAAUUGGGGGAAAUUUUGAAGAUCACCAGAUAAAGCAAGGGUUUAAAGAUACUGCUGGCUCUGAGAGUCAUGGGGGCGACUCCAAAUCAGAAGGGACCAAUGGAACAAGUGGAGCAGAAAACCAGACGAAAAAGAUCAGGGGAUUUGGCUUCGGGGAUAUUUUCAAAGACAAACCAAUUAAGCUAAGACCAAGGUCAAUGGAAAUGGAAAAUGACAUUCCUCCUGUAGAAAAGGCAAUGGGAAAAAAAUUGCCACCAGCGGUCACAUCACAGGAAUCACUGAAGACAGAAAUGGAAAAUAAAUCAAAAGCCAAGGAAUAUUGUAAAGUUCUCUUCCCAUAUGAAGCCCUCAAUGAAGAUGAAUUGACAAUCAGAGAAAGUGAAAUCGUGGUUGUUGUAAACAAGGAUUGUGUGGAUGCAGGUUGGUGGGAAGGAGAACUGAAUGGCAGGAGAGGAGUGUUUCCAGACAAUUUUGUCAAGCUACUUCCUUCAGAUUUUGAAAAAGAAAUCCAUAGACCUAAGAAGCCACCCCCUCCAUCAGCUCCUGUAAACAAGGCAGGAACAGGCACAUCGGAUAGGAAACAGGAAAUCAGGAAGAUCCCUCCAGAAAGGCCUGAAACUCUGCCACAUAGGCCUGAGGAAAAAGAGAGGCCAGAGAGAGAUCACAAAGUAGAUCCCCCCCUAAAGCACUCAGUGCCUGCUAUACCUCCAAAGAAGCCUCGUCCUCCAAAAACAACCUCUUCAAAUAAAGCAGGCACAUUGCCACCAAGAAGACCAGAGAGACCAGCAGGACCUGUAACACACACAAGGAGCGAGAGCCCAAAAGCAGAGGUAGGAAUCAGUACUGUAUCCAGCACUCCAGACAGAGACUCAUCAGAUAAGAGCAAUGACAUUGAUGUUGAAGGCUUUGAUUCUGUAGUGACAGUCGGAGAGAAACUAAGUCACCCUACUGCAUCAAGACCCAAAUCCAGUGGGAGGCGCCCACCAUCACAGUCUCUAACAUCGUCAUCUCUUUCCAGCCCAGAUUUUUUUGAUUCUCCCAGUCCAGAGGAUGAUAAGGAAGAACUUAAUAACUUGGCACAAAGAUCGGUAGACCCAUCCAAGAAAUCUUCCCGACCUGCCACAGCAUCACAGUUGCCGGAAAACAGAGCUGCAUUGCCCCCAAAACCUGGAGGUUUAAUUUCAAGUGUUAGCUUCUCACAUGGGGCUUCCGGUGCACCAUCAGCAUUCCACUCUGUCACCUCAAGCAGUCACAGAUCAAACUCUCCGUCCUUUAGUAGUCCAGACACAAGACACAAAAGUGAAAUCAAUCAGUCACCACUGGAAGAGCUACAAGUACAAGUCAAAGAGCUGAGAAGCAUCAUCGAGACAAUGAAGGACCAGCAAAAGAAAGAGAUAAAACAGUUGUUGUCGGAACUGGACGAGGAAAAGAAGAUUCGUCUACGAUUACAGAUGGAUGUCAAUGAAAUAAAGAAAUCUCUACAGUCCAAAUAAAUAAAUGAUGGCUAGUAAAUAACUUUCAUCCACCGGAAGUGAGGAAUGAAGAGCUGUUCUUCCCACGCAGGCCAAAAUAGUUUUGGUGCCAAAUGAUUUAAGAUUCACCUCAGACGCUCAGAAAGCACAACAGAAGCUCUACCUACCAAGGAGACCCUGGUGACAUUUGUAGUGCUCGGCACACAUAUUUAUCAAGACAGCUCCAUGUUGUGCUCAAGUGUUCCUCUUAAAACUGCGAAUGAAGAAAACUCAGGCAGUUUUACUUCAGAGUGGUACUUUUUUAUGAUAUUUUUCCAUGAAUAACGUGUAUUUCAGAUUGUCUGUUUACAAGCUUUAUAAUUUUACUUUUUUUUUUUUGUAUGUGUGUUUGCGUAUGUCUAUCUCAGACUCCUGAAUUAUUUGUACAGUGUGCAGUUGUCAUUUGAAAUCUUUUUUUUUUUUUUACUUCCCAGAUGUAUUCAUUUACAUCUAUGACUAUGACUUUUAAAAGUACAUAUACAAUGUACUGUCCAUGCAAUGUGAUACAAUGCUUCUGAACUGAUUUUCACUGUACUUUAGGAAUGUGUGUCUAAAAUAAGAAAAUGAUAGAUAAAUAUGAUUUGUGCCUUUUUUUGUUUUGCCUAGGACAAUUGUGCAAAAAAGAAUAAAAAAAAUGGAAUUCCAGUUAUGAUCAUGCCAGUGUAGGUCC